UGUUAUAGGCACUCUUGAGAUAACUCAGUCACAUUAUGCAGUCCCCUUUUGUACAUAUAUAAUCCUUUAACUUGCUCUCUAGUAGUCAAAGUGUCAAUCUAUUGAUACAAAACAUUCAUUAAUCGAAAGAGGAAAAGAAAAAAGAAAAAACAACAACAUCAACAAAAAGGCUCACUCGAUUUGUUAUCUUCUUUUGCAUCCUACAAAUCAAUAAACUACUAACUUAUAGGAUUCCAACCUUACAUUCCAACCAUACUUCCGCACCCUCCGGUAGGUUCAUGAGCCGUAGGUCAUUCAUACGUGACCUGGUUUCUAGAUCCACAAAUUUGUUCUCCAUGGUUUAGUUUUUAGCUUGUACUAAUUUUAGCUUGCAGGCUAACCAGCUCAUCCUCCGCAGUGGAGAUGCGUUCCUCAGCUUGCGACAUACGUUCUCCGCAGUCGUUAAUAUCUUUCCUCACCUCUUGUAAUGUUGUUGCCAUAUUAUCCAGCCUUGAUGCGAAGCCCGUUUCCAUUGAGUGUAUCUUUGCCAGUAUCUGGUCAGCUUUGGUACUCACGGGUUCAUUUUCGUUGUCAGUCUGCGUAGCCAUGGCCUGGUUAGCUUUAGUUGCUUCACCUCGAAGACUACAGUCAAACAGGCUCGCUUGUUUAGUUGUUCCUCCUUUUCCCUUCUGUGACUUAAUCGCAUUAGGCGUUGUUCCGCAAAAACGUCCUGAUUUUUAAGUUAUUAGUGAGCAGGAGAACGUUAGAAUCAACUUAGCAGCAGAGCAAAAAAAAAAAAAAAAACACGUCCUCCUACAUGGCCGCAAUAACCGGAUCCCUCAGAUUUUGUUUUUUACUAUGAACUUUUACUAUAAAUGAUCAUUUUUUAUCUGUCCUGAAAAUAAAGUCAUACAAAUAAAAAUACAGCAUUUAUCAUUUUAUAUUCAGAUUGACAGUAAAUGAUUAAACACCCCUUAUUUUUAAAUAAUGAAACACAUUAUGGAAAAUCUGUUUAAUUAACAUGGAUAAAACUAAAUGCAGCAUUAAUUAAUGUGUGUGUGGUCCAUUUUGUAUGAAGAAAAAAGCAGCUUAGUUUCCUCCACUUCAUCACAAAAGAACAAAAGCAAUGGUUCAAACAUUUUAUGGCCAAAAUACUUUUAAAUAAUUGAGUUUUUCAGCUGACAACCAAAAACAAAGAAUAUGACUAAAAUAUUGUAUAUUUCAUAAAAUAAUAAUCAGUGUUAUUUUGUAAAUGUCCCAGUCUCUAACUGACCCAGACCUGGAGGAUCUUCUACAACACAACCAGGAAUCAGAUGUAUUAAAUAAGCACAAACAUCCAUACGAUAAAUGUUCUGUUGAUGGUACAAAGCAUCAGGCAUAAGGACCACAACACCACAACAUCAACAGGUCACCAGGGGACAUGUUUAAUUGUAAUCAGAACUAUAACAACAAAGAAAAAAAGAUUCAAUUCAAUUCAAUUCAAAAAAUACUUUAUUAAGCCCCGAGGGAAAUUGAUUGCUGUAGUAGCUCAGAAUAAUAAUAAUAAUCAAGUCAUCAAAGCGUUAUUGUAUAUUACAAUGGCUGUUGGCAGGAAGGAUCUCCAGUAGCAGUCAGUGUUGCAGCGAAACUGAAGAAGCCUCUGACUGAAGACACUCUUCCGUUGUCGGACAGUCUUGUGAAGAGAAUGCUCAGGGUUGUCCAUAAUUUUCUUGAUUCUCUGGAGAAUCCUCCUUUGCAUUAUCUCCUCCAGUGGCCAAUCAGCUGCUCCCGAUGUUAAACCAGCUUGUUGCCAUGGUUACGCAUCAUAACAAAUGUUCAAAAACUGAAAAAAGCUAAAAAAAAAAAUAGCAGUAAAAAUCCUCCAAGCUUCACAGCACCAGAAACAGAAAAGUAAAGUGUCCAAAAAAUACAGUUUUUCUUGAGAAACUAGAAGAAAAAAUGUCCAAGAAAAGGCAUAACUUAAAUAUAGUCAACAGAGCUACUCCAACAUGCAGCCGCCCAGAGCAGUGCAGUUCCGGGAGAACAAAAAAAAUAAUGAUAAUAAUGGUCAGGGAAAAGGAAUCUGCAAGCAUCAGCUUCCUUUGAUGAUGUCAUAAAGGGCACAGUCCUAUAUAAAGGGCAAACAAAGCAGGCACACAGACAGCUUCAUUUGCAGAUUGGUUUUAGACCUGAACAGACCUACAAUGGCUACUGGUGGACCACACGAGGGAAACAUGGAGGUAUUUUCAGACACAUAUGAAGCUGAAUUAGACCAAAUAUAUGAGAUUUUACAAAGAGAAUUACAAGAUCUGGAAGUCAAAAAACUAGUUUUUGGUAACCAGGAACGCGACUUUGAACAAAGGGUGGAUGCGUUUGAGAAAAACAUAGCUUGCAUCAGGGAAAGUCUCCAAGAGGAAAGACAGAAAUUAGAAACAAAAACGCAGGAUCUGGAGAAAAGAGAAUGCCACUUUGAGGAUCAACAAAAGAAACUAACGAAUCAUGUUGAUGAACUAAAGACUAGCUCUCAGAAAGGAAGAGAUAAUUUUGUUUCAACUCAGUUACUCGACGAACACAGAGUAAAGAUUGAGUUGGAAAACAGGGAACUGCAGAAACAAAGACAAGAAAUUCAAGAUGAGUGGAAUAAGAUUAAAGAAACUCAAAUUGCAAAUUGUGAGAUGGCCAAAAACUUGAAUAAGACACAAGAGAAAGUCAGAGAUUUGUGGAAAGCUUUACAGGUAAGCGAAGAGAGAUCAACAGAAGAAAUUAACAACUUGAAAAGAGAUCUGGAAAGACAGAAAUUAGAGUUUAUCGAAUCUAAGGAACAAACAGAAAGGGAGUUAACUGCAGAAAAGCAGGCUCUCCGCGAUGAGAAGGAGCGUUUAAACGCUGGGAAAAUUACUCUACAGAACCAGAUCGUUGAGUUUCAGACUGAAUCAGAGCAGAUCCGACAGAUUCUGCUCAAAGACAAACUAGAUGUUCAACUUCUGAGAGAAAAUCUGCAGGAGGACAAAUUGGAGGUAAUGAAAACAGCAGAAAGGUUUGUGAAAGAUUUCAACGAAAGUUUACAGGAUUUGAAGGAGAAGCAGGAAUUUCUGAGUCUUGAGAAGAGAAGUCUGGAGGAAGAAAAACAACGUUUCCUGAUGACCAAGUCAGAAUCAGAGAAGGAACAAGGGAGGAUUUACAAAAUCCUCGAGGAAGAAUUAGACAAUUUGCAUUUGGGAAAACAAAGUCUGGAAACACAAGUGAUGGACUUUAGGGAAGAAAUUGCUGCAGCAGGUAAGAUCUUAAAAGAGAAGGAAACUGCUCUAGAAGAAGGGCUGGAGGUUCUGAGACUUCAGAGAGAAACUCUGGAGGAAGAAAAUACAAAUUUCCAGCUAACAAAGUUCAGAUCGGAAGAGGAGAAUAAAGGAAUACAUGCUUACCUCCAACAAGAGCUGAAAAAAUUACGAGUUGGGCAACAGAGUCUAGACAAACAGAUGAUGGAGUCUGAACAGAGAAACAUAAACUCAGAGCAGAUCAUUCAAGACAUUCAACGGGUUCUUCAGGAAGAGAGAGACUGUUUAGUAAUGCUCCGACAAAACCUGGAGGAAGAGAAACAACGUUUCCUGAUAACUAAGUCAGAAUCAGAGAAGGAACAAGGGAUGAUUUACAAAUUCCUCCAGGAAGAAUUAGACAAUUUGCGUUUGGGAAAACAAAGUCUGGAAACACAAGUGACGGACUUUAGGGAAGAAAUUGCUGCAGCAGGUAAGAUCUUAAAAGAGAAAGAAACUGCUCUAGAAGAAGGGCUGGAGGGUCUGAGACUUCAGAGAGAAACUCUGGAGGAAGAAAAGACAAAUUUCCAGUUAACAAAGUUCAGAUCGGAAGAGGGGAAUAAGGAAAUACAGGCAAAAGAGCUGGAAAUAUUCCAAAUUAGGCAACAAACUCUCAUCAAACAGAUGACAGACUCUGAAGAGAGAAACAUAAACUCAGAGCAGGUCAUUCAAGACAUUCAACGGGUUCUUCAGGAAGAGAGAGACUGUUUAGUAACGCUCCCACAAAACCUGGAGGAAGAGAAACUAGAGUUUAUGGAAAAAAGGGAAGCAGAAACUCACCUUUUAAAGGAGAAACAACAAGCUCUGGAAGAAGGGGUUGAACUUUUGACUCAAGAGGUAAUUAAUUCUUUGCAAGCGAGAAUGGAUGAAAUUGACAGACAUGUUGGACAAUGUUUCCAGCUUCUUCAAGAGGAAGAGGGGGAUUUAGAUCAGAUUGUGCAGGAGCUGGAAGCAGCAUUUUUAAAUGUCGAAGACGAGCAGCCACCUGUGGAGGACGAGUCAGACAGUCCCACAGCUGCGUCUGAAGAUCUGGGGGAACUGAAUUUAGAAAAAACUGUGACUACCCAGGUACCCAGUGACGGGAACCCAACUCUUCACGGUCCUCAUGAUGAUGAUGAUGAUGUCAGGGAACUGAGUUUAGAAAAAACAAAGACAAAUUCAGAAGAGGAGCAUAAAGAAAAGUAUGAAUGCUUCCUAGAUGAGUUCCAGUAUUUAGAAGCUGGGAAUCAGAGUUUAGAAGAACAGAAGAUGGACUCUCAAGAGAACGAAAAAGAUUCAGCCCAGAUUCAUCAGGAGGUGCAAACUCUGGCUGACCAUGUCUUGGGAACUGGAUACCUGUUAGGUACCCAGCAAUGGGUUAGAGGGCACUUGUUACUUGGUACCCGAUACAGGGGCCCCUGCUACGCAGUAUGUCCUCAUAAUGAUGAAACACAAACGAUUGAACUAAGGGAAGAAAUGCAGAAAGCAUCUUUAAACGUCGAAGACGAGCAGCCACCUGUGGAGGACGAGUCUGACAGUCCCACAGCUGUGUCUGAAGAUCUGGGGGAACUGAAUUUAGAAAAAACAGUGACUACCCAGGUACCCAGUGACGGGAACCCAACUGUUCCCAGUCUUCAUGAUGAUAACGACGAGCUUCCAGAGAACCCCGGGCCUGCCCAUGGGAGCGCUGAAGAAGAAUGGGAGGCUGAAGAAGACUGGGAGGCUACAUCUAGCCUAGAAUUAAGCUGGGACUAUUCCGACUUCUACUAGAGACGACUUCUUCCAGAACACCAAUGAAGAUCAGAAAAGCAUAUAAAAGUGAAGUAGGGAGCUUGGCAUGGGUUUAGAUUUUUUAAAACUAGGAAACAGAAUUUGAAUCAGGAAAACGUAAAAAUUUCAGAGAGAAGAAACUGAAUGGGUGAGAGAGUAGAUGCUGCAGACCUGCAGGAAAAGGAUUGCAGGCAGAGGAAAUAAUACGAGCAGCCAAUCUAAAUUUAGUAAGUAGUAACACACAGUAACACGAGGGAUUAAACAAAGGCUCAAAUUUUAGAAGAGCAGAAAAUUAACCUGUAGUUCUUCAAGAGCUUCUGCAGGAGGAAAUAGGAAUGGGUUAAAGAUUUUAGCUCUAACAAUUACGCUUAUCAGAGCUUCUAGUUUCCAUAGACUAAGAGUCAAUACCUUAGAUGGGUUGGCUCUUGAUUUAAAAUGCCACUACAUUAGAGAGUUUUUACACUAUGUGUCUAGGAUGUAGCUUCUUCCACCAACAGGUACUAAAAUACAAACGAAGAAAAAAAAAACGCAGCACAGGUGACAUCUCAACCGAUCAAAUCAUUUCUGUGUCUCCGUGUGCUGCGUGGGGGUUUUCUCUGGGUGCUCCAGUUCACCCCCAACACAAAAUCCUAAAAUCCUGACACUUUAAGCCUAAUUUAUACUUCUCCAUCAUCGCCACGAGGGAGAGGCACGCUCGCACGGACGGAGACAAUUUGCCCUCAGACUUCUCCGUCUCCUGGGGAGUGUUGUAAAGCAAUUCCCCGCUAGGACAUUUAACCCUCUCAGGCUCAAAAUAAGUGGGGCCGACUGGAGCUGUCCGAGCAGGGCCGACCAGGUACGGAUGGGAAUGGCCCAUAAGAGUCAGUACCUUAGAUGGGUUGGCUCUUGAUUUAAAAUGCCACUACAUUAGAGAAUUUUUACACUAUGUGUCUAGGAUGUAGCUUCUUCCACCACCAGGUACUAAAAUACAAACGAAAAAAUUACCACAAAAAAAAAAAAAAACGCAGCACAGGUGACAUCUCAACCGAUCAAAUCAUUUCUGUGUCUCCGUGUGCUGCGUGGGGGUUUUCUCUGGGUGCUCCAGUUCACCCCCAACCCCAAAUUCUAAAAUCCUGACACGUUAAGCCUAAUUUAUACUUCUCCGUCAUCGCCACGAGGGAGAGGCACGCUCGCACGGAUGGAGACAAUUUGCCCUCAGACUUCUCCGUCUCCUGGGGAGUGUUGCAAAGCAAUUCCCCGCUAGGACAUUUAACCCUCUCAGGCUCAAAAUAAGUUUUGAUAAAAGGACGAACAACUAAAUCCUUCAGGGGUACUUCUGAGUUAAAAGUGCUCACGAAACACGUAUGUGGAGUAACCAGGUAGGUAGGCUUAUACGUUGCAAAUCUGCAACGCCUGCCUCCAGAGGGUUUAAACACGAUGAAAAUAUACUUUCUAUCAAACAUCUCACAUCAAUCCAGUUAAUUUAAUAUGUUUUAAAGAUCAUUGUCACGGUUCUUUCAUGGAUCUGUAUUUCUCUACAUGGACUCAUCAUGUUUUGCUCCACUGAGCUUGUUGCAGGUGGGUGUGUCGGAGAGUCUCAGCUGUGGCUGAUUUUCCCAUCAGCAAUUCAAUUCAGUUCAAUUCAAGUUUAUUUAUAAAGCGCCAAAUCACGACAAGAGUCGUCUCAAGGCACUUCACACAGUAAACAUUCCAAUACAGGUCAGGGGUCUCAUUUGUCAAACAUUGCGUAGAAUCCUUACUAAAACCGUACUUAAGCUCAGCAAAAAAAAAGUACUUACCCCAAGUAGGUUUGUGAUCUAUCAAACAUGGAGUACGCACAGCUGCACGCAAUCUCCGCUUCAUAAAUCAGAGACUAACGAGAGUGUUUCUCAGCUGCAUUUUAGUCACAUCCUGCCCUCACCACGCCCACUUACUGCCAUAAAUAGUCAAUGCAAAGUGCCUUGUGGAUCUCAUGCAUACACAUAAGCCGGCUGUUGCAGCGUUCCGCCAAUGACGAUGGCGACCGUAGAUCAAGGCAGAUCAAGGAAGCGCAAUUUCACAGAAGCAGAAAUUGAGGUACCUGUUGGUGAGGUGGAGAAAUGAAAGGAAGUGCUUUUGCAAAACAAAUAAGAGAAAAUCCACAGAGUGGCACAGUGUUGCUGAAGCCGUCAAUGUUGUUAAUUCUUCAGAGAGAUCUGUGGCGGAUAUAAAAAAAAUGGUCCAAUCGGGAUUCGAUCCCCAGACUACCAGGUGAAAGUCACACACGCUAACCAGUCAGCCAAACAGAAAUCUCCCCUGUUCAACUAGCCAGGGCGCAUGAUCAAUCGGGUCACAGUGACAGGACACGCACUGUCAGACGCAUGACAUUCUGUCUCAAUCUGCCCCCCUGCUGAUAUUCUGCAUUCCGUAUUCUGCGCUUCAGGCUGUGUGUGUGUGUGCGUGUGUGUGAGUGUGAGUGUGCACGUGCGUGUGUGUGUGUGUGUGUGGGGGGGGGGGGGGGGGGGGGGGGGCUUGUCUGUGUGAAAACGAAGCUGUAAAAGAGAUAAUGCUGCUGGAUUUCAUAAUUGUAUCUUCUCAGCAGCAGCACUGCAGGUGCUGCCCAUGUCCAACUUGUGCAUAAGCCAGGUCCUUAGUCAGCUUAAAGUUGCGCACAUUUUUCCGCUACGUUUUCUUUCAUAAAUCCUAAAGUUUGCGUGGAAAGUUGCUUACGCAGUUUUCCAACCCUGUUUUGUGCGUAAUCAAGCUUGAUAAAUGAGGCCCCAGUUCAUUAAGCCAAUCAGUAAAAAGUUUCCUAUACAUACCAAGUAAUGUUUCUAUAGUUACAUUGUGAUUUCUUAGUAAAUGUGCGUAAUCACCACUCUGGCACAGGUAGAGGGUCUUAAAUGCAUUUUAAUGAGUAUUUAGAGAUUGUUAUGUUUUUCUGGCACCAGGUGAUGGUUGUUUCAUGCAGUGGCGGAUUUAGCAAUUUGGGGGCCCAAGGCGAACACAGACAUGGGGCCCCUUACACAAAAUUUUCGACAAUCUUACCUUUAACUGGAUUUGCGAAACUCUCCCCUCUUCUGACAUGAAUCAUUUUCCCUUUUUAUUAGUCCUCCUCUUUUUUCCUGUAUUUCCCUCCCUUUGAGCGCUUUCAAUAUUUGCUCUGCUUUCUUUUUCCUGUCAGUGCUCCUGUGCUUUUGCCUUUGUUUUUUUUUUCUAUUUUCCAUUUUGGUCUGUGUUUUCCUCCCUUUAAACAUUUUCCAUUGUCUUUCCUUUCUGCUUCCUUUUGCUGUUUACAUCGAAAAACGACGUCACUUUCAGAAGUGAAAAUAAAAGCUUUUAUGAAGCAUGCUGCUUCUUUCUCUUAUUGGAGCCACUAGGAUAACUCAGUUUCAUGCUUAAUGUUUUGGCUAUCGCUUUGAGUUUGUUACGAAUGCUCCCGCCUCUCUUCUUAUUAUUAUUUGUGGUCUUAUGGCACUUGGCAAACAACAAUUUGGUGCAUUACCGCCACCAACUGGAUUGGAGUGGAAUGACUACCAAUCACCUCCUGUUUGUGCAUCAGUGUCUUAAUAACCCUCUUAUGACCAUAAUUAUAACAGGGCCGCAUGGUAUUUUUUAAAUUUUAUGGCUUUAAAAUUGUAAUAAAAAGUGCAAAGUGUGUGUAACUUCUUUUUUCAGAACAACCUCAGCUUUAAAUGUAUGGUUUGUAUUUAGAAUUUAUUUGUAUUAAAGCCUUUAAAAAAUUGCUUAAAGGUGAAAAAAGCAAAAAAAUGAUUAGAAUUUUUUACAUUUAUUACUGAACAGGAACUUCAAAAUUACUGGGCAAACAAUUUGGAACAAACACUUUAAACUUUGAACUGUAAUGCAUCUAUUCUUAAAAAAGUUUGAACCUUGGUAUCUUUUUUUAGCAGUUUUUAAGACCAUUUAUUUUUGUAAACUUCCAGACGUUUUUAUUUGAUGUGGUAGACCUUGAAGCAGUUUCUCUCCAGCUGCAGGCAAAGUCCUGCACACCUCACACUUCCACGGGGUGCUUCUCUUGCACACCGUACACUGCUAUACCAAAAACUUUUGUUUUAGCAAAAAUAAUUAUUUAUUGUAAAAAUAUAAAUAAUGCUAGAAUGAAGCUGAAUCUUACAAUUAGCAAAUAGUUGAGGGUUGUUCAAAUAAAAAAAUAAAGACUGAGCAAACAUUCAUACCCUGCACUGGAGAUCUGUCCUUCUUCGUGGUCACUGUCUUCAGAUAUAAGCCUUCUGGGACAUCUAAUAGAUCGUGUUGUUUUUCUUUGAGGCAUUUCCAUAAUUUAAUGCCGGCUUUUUAUGCUAAUUAGCUUCCCUGUUCCAUUAUCCACUUUCACCGCUGAGCUGUGCUCCUUUUCAAUCAGGCUGUACAGCAGGAUUUCCCCUUGUCGCGAUAUUUUCCAUAACUCUGAUUGCUUCAUGCUAUAGAUCAUUGGAAAGCUGCUUUUAUGUACUUUUAGGAACCGUUGGAAUUUCUUGAAUCUGAUCAACCAUUGAAUAGUUAUAAAACGGAGCAUUUUGGAUGACAAACUCAGCACGUCUCUGAAUCUUUGUUGUGAUUCGUUGCGCUCAAGACAGGGAAUGCCGUUGGCUACUGUAAUGCAUUGUAUAUGCACGAAAAGCCCCAUUUUUAAUCUUUUCUGCACUUUUCGAAAUUUAAAGGGGCAUUAUGGAAGUUUGACAGCCAAAACAUGUAUAGAAAUAAUAAAUUUCUUCUUAAUACAUUCUCCUGCAAUGCCCUGGUACUGUAGAAUGAGCCCUGGCAUUUUUAUUGUGAUUGCCUGUUUUUCUGUAAAAUCGCAGAAAAAGAGAGAUGCUCGGGUCGCGCAGGCUGCUUCAUGCGCGUUCACGCUCAGGCAUAGCCCUCCGAACCGUUCUUUGAACGUUGUUUCAGCCGUCAUCAAGGUUAUAAAUGUUACAGAUGAAGAAGAUGCCACUGGCGAUUUAGCUCGCCUAGUAAAUUGUUGGGCUUUUGUGCAGAUGACCUGGGUUUGAUUCUUGAUGUGAACAUAGUUGUUUCAGAAUUUUGCUUUUACAAUAAUUAUAUAUUUUUUUACAGUAAGAUGCCCAAAUUUUUAUUUGAGACUCGCCGAACGGCAUUGAAUUCACAGAUAAAAAAAGAUGUGGCUUCAACUUCAUUUUGGAACAAUUUUUUCAAGUAAGGAGAACUGACCCAUCAUAAACCUUUGCUGAAGAGAAAAGUACAGAACCAAACUAUUUAAUUAAUUUGCUGCGUGUUCUCCUGUCCUCUGUCCUCCGGGCCACACACACACACACACACACACACACACACACACACACACACACACACACACACACACACACACACACACACACACACACACACACACACACACACACACACACACACACACACACACACACUGUGAGAGACACACAAGGGAACAGGAGUCUGAGCACUUCCUGCAAAUCAAAACAUGACAGCAGUUAUUGAUUUGGAGUUGGUUUGAAGCGUUGACAGGUGAAAUGAACUUUGUCUGAGCAACACAACAAAAUUUGAGUUAAUAAGGUUACACAUUAUGUGAAGGCUUUGGAAACAGCUUGUCUUAGGGGUUUGGACUGGGGUGGUGCCUUGGUUGGUAUGGAUGUCUACCAUUGGUUUGUUCUCUACUUUCUAUUUCAGGAUUAGGAUCUGACUUCUUUAGGUAAUGUUUGCUUGUCAGUUAGAGGGAAUGUACUGUUAUGGGGCUGAGUUUUGAGACUAAUCUGGUAUUUUAAAAGCAACAUUUCUGCAUUUAUUGGAUACAAGGAUUAGUUUUGUGUGUGUGAAAGGAUAGAAAUGCUUUCAGUCAGACCCUAUUUGUCUUUUAUUGCUGCUGUUCCCGUGUUGUUACUCUAGGUGAUGUUUAUCUUAACUGAUUUCUGCAAGACUGCAUUCUUUGGGUUUGACUCCGACUUGUUUAUGCCUGUUCUAUUUCAGGUUAUCCGUUGUCAAAUUACCCUGAAACAAAAUAUCAUGAACAUAGACAUCCAUGACCUUAUUUGCUGGUUCUCAGGUGUUGAGCUGGUGUUUCUGAGGUUUCUGUAUACAUGAGAUCAGUACCUUUGCUAAACUGGCUGAUUAUAAGCACACAUGUUAGUGAUUUUAAGGUUAGAAAACAAAUUUGUGCGAAGUUUUUGGAAUAAAUUUUGUUUCAUAACCAAGAAGAAACCAGUGUAUGCCUGCCUCUAUCCAUCCUUUGCACCAACUGUAAUUGACCUGUUCUUAUGAAAUAAAUAACAUUGCAGGCCACCCCCUUGGCAUCAUUUUGCAAACUGUAAGAGGUAAGAGCAGGGGGUGAAGCAGUGAUUUACCCUUGGAGUGUGUUCCUUAAUGCCCCAUCUCUUUAUAUUAGCUGUGAAAUCCUGCAGGCUCCCUUCAGGGCCUGCACAAACUUCUCGGCAUCAGUUUUAACUGCUUGUUGGACCAAUUUGUGGCUGGCAUUAGGCUUUGAUUACAGGUCUUCUACUGCACACACCUUGUAAGAUGGUUCUUAAUUAAGUUUAUGGUUUUCUUGGCAGACCCAAAGGCCGACUGCUUGCUUCUGCUGCUGAAUGUUGAUUUAUCUCAAAUGCUGAAGGACAGUCUGCUUCCCUUGCCACGGUGCAGGGUGGAAAAUUAGAGCUGGCUCACAGCGAGAACACGACUUUACCAAUAAAACACCUGAUGUUUCAAACACUUGUGGAAUUUCUUUACACAUUUUCUCCUUGGAGUGACUUAAGGAUUUUGAUUGA